AUGUUAGAAAUCAUGGAACAAAGUUGCAUUUUGGCUUAUUUUGGUAUAUUCUGUACAAUUCUCUUUGUCUCAACGUUAAUAUGGAAGUUUGUCAACGUGUUAAGAGUGCAUCUUUUUUCUCUAUGCACUUCGGAUUUGAAGGAAUUCGGACCGUGGGCCGUGAUCACGGGAGGAAGUUCGGGAAUAGGAAGAGGCUACGCUAACGAACUGGCCAAACGAGGUUUACACAUUGUAAUCGUAAGUAACGAAUUGCAGGCUCUGAAGGAUGCCGCUGAAAAAAUUACAAGUCAAUACGGAGUAGAAUGUCGCUACAUUCACGUCGAUCUCAGCCACGAUAAUGCCUUCGAAUACGUCUUCAGCAGACUGAAGGAUACGGAUGUUGGCAUUUUAGUCAACUGUGCCGGUGUUCUGGGUGACUUUCCGUGUCAUAUAUUAGGCGAGAGUGACGAAGAUGUGAAUUUAAUGUUAGAAUUACACAUCAAAGCGGUGGUUCACACGACGCGAUUGUUUUUACCUUCGAUGUUCUCCAGAAAAAGGGCCGCCAUCGUUACUGUUUCGUCAGUGGCCUCCGCAAUGCCUUUGCCAUUUUUGAGCGUGUAUUCGGCAAGUAAAGCGUUUUCCGAUCGUUUCACUCGAGCGUUGUAUUACGAAUAUAAAUGGAAAAAUGUGAGUUUUCAAUCUCUUACUCCUUUUGGGGUUUGGACCAGAAUGGUUAAGGAACGCAGUAAAAAUCCUAAAUAUUUAAAAUUGACUCAAAAUAUGUGCCUGGAUAGAGAUAACUUUGUCAGAAAUGCUGUAAGAACAAUAAAUCUCACGGAUCAUACAAGCGGUAAUUGGUUUUGCGACAUCGUUUGGUAUGCCGCAUUCAAAAUUGUCAAUAUUUUCUGGGCAUAUUUUGUACUUAUAGUGGCACAUUUAGUAAAAAGUCUGUAUAAAAUAUAAACGUAUAGAGAGAAAGUGGUAUUAUGGAACCCUGCAGGUAUUAUGGAAUCCCUCCAUUUCAAACUGAUAAUAAAGGCGAACUGUAUCGGGUUGUGGCUGAACUGCACUAGGCAGUCAUCCAUAGCAAGGGGAAAACCCGUUUCACUUCAGUUAAACGGUUGUCCGUAGUGAAUUAG